AUGAUAUCUGGCAGGUAUGUAAGGCGUCGGACGAUGGACCUUUUGGUGAAGGUUCGUUUGAUUUUGAGUCAAAAAUCAAAAAAAGAAUUCAGGGCGUCAUUCUGACCACACUCAUCGUAUUUUUCAUCCAAAUGACGACGUCAUACCCUAAAGGCGGUUAUAAAAGACAAGAGGUAAAUUUUUAUCGAUUGAUUAAUCAAAUAUUCUCAUUUUCAGCCUUCAAUCGCCACAGAGCAGCAAAUCUCGGUCUCAAAACGGGAAAAUCAGAAAAGUGAAGCCGAUAAGGACGUUGAAUACUCACAGAAACAAGUUGAAGAGGUAUUUUUCAAGUGAUCUCUUCAGAAGAUAUUGAUUUUCAGUCAAAAUUAGCCGUUCAACCUGUUGCCGUGACCGAGAAGAAGACAUCCCCGAUGCCGACAAGAAAAAGUAGGAAGGUUUGUUUUUUUUUACACCCUGUUCACGAUGAAUUUCCGGUCACUUGGAAGCCCAAAAAUCGUGGUUUAGGGCGAAUUCUACGAGAACAUCUUGAUCCACUUUGAUCUGAAGGGCGCGCCGCCAAAGGUCCCGUAUUUCCUGGACCUUUUGAGAUUGAUUGCGAAAGGGGGCGCGACAGGUGAGUUCGAGAUGAUUCAUUGAGAGGGCAAUGAGAAAGUCGGUCAAUUUGAGCUUUCACAAGCCGUUGAUUUCAAGCCUUGAAAAUACUUCAAGAACUUCAGGAAUCCUCCUGGAAUGGGAAGACAUGUUCCCCUGGACUGGAGAGCUGGAGAAGUUCAAAAACUCCGACGCCUACUCUCUAGAUGACGUCAAGGCGAUUCUAGAUGAAGCCAGGUAGGUCUCAAGCCCAAAAAAAAAACCUCAAAAAAUCUAGAACCCUUCAACUGGACGUGAUUCCAUUGGUCCAAACAUUCGGACACUUGGAAUGGAUCCUGAAAUACGAGGAAACGAGGAAAUAUCGGGAGAAUGACGCCUAUCCAAAUGUUUGUGGGCUUUCAUUCUACCUAUAGGUCAAUAUUCUUCAGGUGCUAUGCUUGGGAAGUGUAGAAGGCGUUAAGUUGGUCAAAGAAGCUCUUCGGCAAGUCAUCGACGUUCAUAAGCCCUACGGGAUCCCAUCCUUUCACAUUGGUGCUGAUGAAGCCUUUGAGGUUGACAUCUGAUUUUUGUUUGGAUUGAAAUUUCCAAAGUUCAGUUUGGAGUUUGUGCCGAGUCUUUGGAAUGGAUUCGUCAUAAUGGGGCUGAAGGCGGGAAGCAAAUGUUGGCGUUGGCUCAUUUGAAGAGCAUCGCUCAGUAUGUCAAGGCUCUCGCUGGUUAUUCCACCAGGUUUCUCUUUCUUUUUGGAGUUGGAGGAGGGGGCUCUUUUCCGUUGAAAAUGGUUCGAUGUUCUUCUUUUUACGUCCUUGUUGCGCUUCGGCGUCCCAAACCAAUGAGGCAAGGUCCUACUCAGGAAAAUCCUUGCAAGGUAGGAAAUCGUAUGGAAGCUGGAAGGUCUUAAGAUAGAAAAAAAGCCUUCUAGAAGCUCUCCAGCAGGCUUCUGGAAGACUUUUUUCUAAGAAGAAGGUGUUGGGAAGCUAUGUGGAAGGCGUUUGACCACUUGUUGGGAAGCUUCCGAACGCCUUUCGAGGAACCGAAAGCAGAAGCCUCUCAACUAUUACCUGAUAUUAGUAACAAUCAGGGUGGCAUAUCCAUUCUUGUCUGUGAUUAUAAAACUCCAAUACCAAAAAUCCUUGGCGCGAACCGAACUUGCAACCCCUUGACUCUUGACAAGCACACAACCUGUUGCGCUACGCCACGCCCAAUAUUUCAAUAUCCCAGUUCAAAAAAGCUAUACCUAACUCCAAAAGGUCAAGAUUCUCAACCGAUUCCAGAGUUCUCGCCUGGCACGACAUGCUGAAAGACUUCCAGCCCAGCUUGAUCCGAAAACUGGACCUCGGGGCGAUUAUUGAGCCCGUCGUUUGGGACUACUCCGAGAACAUUGUCACCAUGAAUGGUAGUCCGAAAAAUCCUACUCAAAAAAGAAUUUUUUUAAAGAUCACUCCUUCGCGGUGAUCGCCGAGAACUUCCCAACGAUGUGGGCUUCGUCGGCGUUCAAAGGCGCCAACUUCCCGGCGGCCACUUUUUCCGAUGUUCGACACUAUGAGACGAAUAAUAGGAAUUGGAUAGGCACUAAAAAGGUUCGAAGAAAUUUAUGAAAAUGAAAAAUUUGCUUUUUUUCAGCAACAACAAGGAAAAUUCCAAAAUGGCUUCCGUGGGAUCAUCAUCACCGGAUGGCAGAGGUAACUGAGAAAAGCUCAAGUGAUCACUUAAGAGGUCCCUCGAAAAAAAAUUGGAGAAGACGCUAAAGUGGCGACUUACUAGGAAAAACUAUUGACCCCUUAAGUGGUUCCUCAAGGGUUUCUUGGAGAGGGCUCUUAAGGGGUCAAUAUUUUGCGUCUUAGUGGCCUAGUAAUACCAAUUAAACUUCUAAAGAAACCACUCAAGUGCCCACUAAACCGACUACUAUAGUGGCCACUAAAACGUCAUAACCCUGAAGUGACCACUAUAAUCUUCAGGUACGAUCAUAUGGCUAUGCUCUGUGAGAUUCUACCCAUGGGAACAGCUUCUCUGAUUCUCAACCUUCAAACCGCUUUGAAUGCUCCUAAUAUGGUAAUAUAAUGUCCGCACUUGGAAUGGCUCAAAUCGUCGCGGGCUGAGUUCCUUCAAAUGCUGUUUGAUGACCAUUUGCGCAACUCGUUUUGGGUCGGGCGCGCUUUUAAACAGAAGCGACGCUCUGAGCCAUGCGACCAAAGUCAAGGGGAAGCUACUAUAUUAUCUUUUAGGACCAAACCUUGACCAGAGGUCAAGCUGCAAAAAUUCUCGGCUGUCCUGGCUUCAACGUCGCCGGAACUGGCCUUAUCAGUAAUCAGUGCACUUUCAAAGGUUUAUCAAUUUUAAUCAAUGUCUAUUGAUCAUUUUCUCAGGUUUCGAUGUCUACGCGAUCUACCAGGGCCAAGCGCAAAACAUGAUUAAGGACGUAGAGCAGGAGCUCUCCAAAAACCAUCCAAUGAUGGGUUGGGGAAACCGAUAUAAUCGGAGAUACAACAUUUCGCAAAAUUGGUAGGAUUUUUUGGAGAAGGACAUUGAAAAAAGGUAUAUUUUAGGUAUCACAGAGAAAUGCUGGGAUUUGUUAGGAACUUGGCCGGCCGAUGUGACCAGGUUGAAACUUCUUUGAGGUGAGAUCUUCAGAGAAUGAAAUUAAUAUUUCUAUUUUUUUAUUAAUAUUUCUAGUGAACGGUUUCAUAAGAGCCCUAUGAGGGAUCUCCAGGAUUCUGACCCCUCUAGGGGUCCCUCAGAAACUUCUCAAUUCAGUGAAGUUGAAAAUAAACCUAAAUUUUCAAAUUUUCCUAUUCAAGCUUCAAAAACCUUCAAAACUUCGUCUGACAAUUCUAAAUUACAGAAUUUAAUUUUGAGCGUUUUACUCAGUUGAUACAUGCAUAUACGUAGAGUCCCUAGCGGAAUUUAUAAAACCCAAAACUUGAUUUCGAUAAUCCCAGCUCCAUCAUACGUGGGCAACCCCUCAAAAAAAUUAUUUUUUUCCCGUUAUCUACGUAUUUUUAUCUCAUUUAUAAACGAAUUUUUAAAAAGAAUUUGAACCAAAAAAAAAUUUUUUUGCCUAUGUAUGCAGCUCCGUUUAUACCUAGAAAACUAUAAGAAACUUCAACUUAUCGAUUUAUUUUUGUCAUUGAGGAAUCAAAAUUUAUGAUGAAAAAUCAAUAAAUCAAAAAUUACAGAAACGCGAUGAAGCCUCUAUUUUUCGACAACACUAUCGACGAGUUCAUCUACGAGAAUAUUGGCCCAACUUCCGAAAAACUACACAAUUACAUCGACGAAAUCCAACGAUUGGACCAACUGCGGGCCUGGCCCAAGCGCAAUUUCCCCAUCAAAAUUUGA